AUGGCAGACACAAAGGUACAGAGAGGGAACACAGCCGUCUUUGUCGCGCGCAUCGCCGGCUGUCCUGCCACUGAGGUCUCCUGGUACAAGGAUGGAGAGCAGCUGUCAGCCAGUGAGCAUGUCAGGCUGGCAGAGCACAGUCCGUGCUUCUACCUCUCACUCAUCAACACCGGGAGCACAGACGAAGGUGUCUACACCUGCACGGCCAGGAAUGAGGGCGGAGAGGUCUCCUGCAAGGCCCAGCUGACUGUAGAGACAGGUCAUACAGCCAUGCAACAGAAAGAAACAGGACAUAGUGCUGUGAAGAAGGGGAAGAGGAGGAGCCUGCAGCUGCUGUAUGAGAUCCACGAAGAAAUAGGGAGAGGGUCAUUUGGAGUGGUUAAACGCGUGACGAAUCGAGAGAGUGGCGAGAGCCUUGCAGCUAAGUUCCUGCCCCUGCAGAGAGGCAGCCGGAGCAGGGCCUUUCAGGAGAGGGACCUGCUGGCUCGCGUCACCCACCCCCGGGUGGCCUGUCUGCUGGACUCCUUCUGUUCCCGCCAAACUCUGGUGCUGCUCACCGAGCUCUGCUCCAGUCAAAGCCUGCUUGACCAUUUAUUAUUAAAAGUCACAGUUAAAGAAAGAGAGGUGAAGCUGUACAUUCAGCAAGUCCUAGAGGGCAUUGAUCACAUUCACAGAAUGAACGUUCUCCAUCUGGACAUCAAUCCAGCUAAUAUCCUCAUGACACUGUCUGGGAAAGAAGAGGUCAAGAUCUGUGAUUUUGGCUUCUCCCAAGAGGUAGACUCAUACGGAGACCAGUACAGCAAAUUUGGAACACCGGAAUUUGUGGCCCCUGAGAUUGUCUGCCAAUCUCCGGUUACUAAGGCAGCAGAUAUCUGGUCUCUGGGUGUUUUGUCUUAUCUAUGUCUGACCUGCCACUGCCCGUUCUCUGGAGAGAGCGACCGCGCAACCCUACUGAGCGUGCGUGAAGGGAGAGUGUCCUGGGACACCCCUGAGGUCAUCUCAAGGAGCCACCAGGCCCGGGACCUUCUGCACAGGAUCUUACAGUUAGAUCCUAAGUUGCGACCAACUGCUGCUGAAUGUUUGGAGCAUGAAUGGUUUCAGAGGUUUCAUGAAGAUCAAGGGCCUGUUGAUAUCAAUACCAAGAACCUGAAAUGUUUUAUUUCAAGGAGCAAAUUGCAGCGCGCUCUUACCUGCUAUGGCUCAGCACUGAAACUGCAACCAAUUGCAGAGCUGCUUGAAGCCCCAGCCAGAGACACCUCAAUGGCCAGCCCACCCAGCCCACAGCACUAUGACAGCCCCUCCUUCAGCGGUGGCUCCUCCUCUGAUUAUGAUGAGGUGGAGGCUUGGGCCACACCCCUUCCAAUCUCCAUCCAGCAAAGCCCACAUGAGGAUGGAGAAAAGGACCAUCUGGAAACUGAGAACCAGAUCUCUGAUAAAAGUGUUUUCUCAGAGAUUCCUAGCACCGACAAGCAGAUAGAAAUGGAGGUGCUGGGGAGACAGGUCACGCCAGACCCUGGCAGCUUGAGUGCCGAGCUCGCACGGGGGUCACCUGACGUCCCUGGCAGGCUGACACGGGGGGACAGCACCUCAUCACUGGGCACCGAUGAUGAAGCCUCAACCGGGGGGCGUAUCCCCAGAGAGAGCGUUAUCAAGAGCACCUUCUACAGCAGCUCAGAGGAGCUCUCCCCGCUGUCUGCCCGUCGCAUGAUGCUCCGGCAGAAGAAGCGCACUAAGAGGCCCGAGAGGAGCAGGGCACGACUCAGGUCCACCCUCUCAGGCAGGCUGGGGGAGCCCCUCCUGGAGGACAUGGAGGACAGCGGUGAAGAGGACACGGCCAGAAGCCAGAGAAGGGGUUCGUCACAGUCCUCUGCUCCGCUGACCAAAUCCUGCUCCUUUGACAGCGAGCCCAUUCUUUGCUCUAACAUACCAACGGAAAGGAGGAGCAGAUCGCUGGACGAACAUAUGAGAAUGACCACGUCUGAGCUGCAAGAGUCAGGGAAGGAUGUGGAAGAGACUGGUGUUAUUAAUUCUCAAGAGGUUUCAGGGCAUGACAAAUACACAGCCUUAGAUGUCCUUUCUGAACAAGCAACAGAGUCCGCUGACACAGUGAUGGACAACCAGGAUGCGGUUGAGCUUCACAGCACAUCCCAUGAAAAGGACAAGGUGCAUGAUGAAGCUGCUGAUGUAGAGAUGCCUCAGCUCACAGUUGAUCCUAGUACAGAAGUUAUAUUACAGUAUGUUGAAAAUGACAUGCUUUACCUCUCUGAUGAAAAUAGACCAAUGGCUGCUUCUGGGUCUUCUCCAGAGGUUUUUGAUGAAGGACAGGGCUCCCUGGCUUUAGAUACUGGGAUUAAGGAGGAUGUUCAGAAAGUGAGCCACUGUCAGUCAGAUUCAAAAGAGCAUUCGCCCUUGAAGCCGGUAUUUGUGGAAUGCAUGGUACCAGUUUCUGCUGUACAGGAUGUCUCUGAGAUUGUGUCCUCUCGCUAUGGGCUGGAACUGCUUGAGAGAACCAGAAGCAUGGAUCUGUCCUUCAAGGGUUUGGAGACAUUAGAUGUGGAGAACAGAGCUCACUUCCUAAAGAUUUACAAAGCAAAAUCAGAUGAUGUUAUCCAUAAACGAAGCGAUUCGGCUCUGCUGGCCACAGAGCCAACAGAGAAGGCUCACAGUACCAUAUGUGGCAUUUCUGCUUGCACAGAAGCUCAUGGAUUUAAAUCCCACUCUCCAAAGGAGUUGGACACACCAGUAACAGCUACUGAGGUUUUCAGCAAGAAGGCAGAUUCAACCCAAGAAAUCUUCCUUUGUGCACCUCAGGAUAAAGAUCCACAUGGUUCCCUGGAAAGUUUUGAAUAUUCCAUCAGAGAAUCUGACACUAUAGCCCCAGGAUCGAAAGAGGAUUAUGGGAUAGUGGAGACAGCCGAAGAAGCCUUCCCAGGUAUUCUUGAAGACCAGGAGACAUGUGCCUACCUUGCUAGCUCACAGAGUUCCCUCACAAAUUUACUUGACAGAAACUCAGAAGAAGCCUAUUUUAGAGCAAAAGUUCACCCUGCUCACUCUCAAGACCUCCCAGUGUAUGCUGAAGAAAGGCAUGGGAACCUUGAAGAACUCCUGUUUGAAAAGUCCUCUGGAAAAGCAUCACCAUACAUAAACCUGGAGAGCUGCGAGGAUGAGGAGGCUGAGCAGGAGCUCAGGGACAUUUUGGAGAAAAUCCACACUUAUGAGAGUCAUCAUCAGUCAGGAAGGUCCAGUAGUGAAAUGCCAGUUGAGGGCCUUGAUUUCCUAGCAAAAUCUGGGUCAUUGAAAGCCCUUUAUGGGAGCACAGACCUUGAGGAAGAGCUUGAGAGAUACACUUCAACACCAGAGCUUGAAGCCAAACCUCUCCCCGGGAAGUCUGGGAGACUGAUGGGAUUCUUCCGCCGGCAGUCAUGGACAAGUCAGUCAUCCUCAACAAUAGAGAGGGUUGUGAGGAGACAAGUCUCCGAAGGGGAUUCCACCAAUUUGAUGAAAGAGCAGCAGCAAAAGACUGACGAUUUGUCCAUCACAAAGAGAAUGAAGGCAUCUGUCUCUAGCUUUUCCAAGGUUGUGAUGGGCAGACAGUCCAGUAGAGAGGACAAAAAAGAAGGUGCUGGGACAAGGAGUUCUCCACCCUUUCCCCGAGGAAAAUCACCCGAGGCAGGUGCAGUCUCACCCAAGAGGACAUCUGGGCUGUUCCCUUUCAAACUACCAGCAUUCAAGAGGAAUAAAGAGCCAGUGUUCGUGGAAGAGCUCAUAGACCAGGCGGUGUCCCUCGGCCAGGAGGUCACAUUGUGGUGUCGCCUCACUGGGCACCCUCCCCCAGAGAUACACUGGUAUAAAGAGGCCAGGAGGCUGAAGACCACUGAUCGGAUUCGACUGAGUGUGAUUGACAGGGAUAUCCUGUCUCUGACCAUUUAUUCAGCCAAAGAGGAGGACCUGGGCAGUUACCGUUGUGUGGCCAUCAAUACCAUGGGACACGCCUCCACCUCCUGCACCCUCAUUGUGUCUGAGCUGCCCACCUUCCCUACCAGUCUGCAGGCCAUCCAGCUGCAGGGGGAUGCGGUGCUGCUGGUGUGGAGGCCGGUAGAGUCCAUCACAGAGCUCACCUACUGCAUCCAGUACAGCAGGAAUGGAGAGGGGUGGAGACUGCUGGAAGAGGGCGUGGCAGACAGCUGCUACAGAGUCAGUAACCUGGCCAGUGGGGCAGAGUAUGUGUUCAGGGUGGCCUGCCUCAACAGAGCUGGGAUAGGACCUUUCAGCCAGCCCUCUGCCCCCUUCUCUAUCGGAACACGGCAAGAAGAAUGCCUAGCUCCCCUCAUCUACAUGGAGUCCCUUGGGCCUGGAGGGCUUACAGAACAGACCACAUUGCCCUUCUCUCCCAGACCUAAAACCUACAGCUUUCUGUCUGAGAUCAACAGGGGGCGCUUCAGCGUGGUGAAGCAGUGCCGGGAGGACCUGAGCGGGCAGCUGUUUGCGGCCAAGAUCACGCCUUUCAAGCCGCACCGGAGGCAGUGGGCUCUGCGGGAGUACCUGCUGCUGAAGAGGCUUAGCCACGCCCAUCUGGUCCAGCUACACGCCGCCUUCAUUGGGCCCCGCCACCUGGUACUGAUCCUGGACCUGUGCACCGGCCGGGAGCUGCUCUACCACCUGGCAGAGAGGGACCUGUACGGCGAGAUGCACGUGCAGGCCAUCCUACAGCAGAUCCUUAGCGUCGCUCACUACCUGCACCGCAGGAGGGUGGCCCACCUGGACCUCAGGUCCGACAACGUGCUGGUCACGGACCAGGGGCAGCUGAAGGUGGUGGACCUGGGCUCCGCCCGGACCUUCAUCCCGGGCCAGCCCAUCUUCACCGAGCGCCUGCAGGAGUACACUGAGACCAGAGCUCCUGAAAUUCUGGAGGGACAGGGUGUGGGCCCGGAGACAGACAUCUGGGCCAUUGGAGUGUUGGCCUUUGUAAUGCUGAGUGCAAAUGAUCCAUACCGCUCCGACGUACACCAUGAGAGGGACCGCAGGGUCAGAAAGGCCAAGGUCCACCUGGGGAGGUGCUACUCUGGCCUCUCUGAGGGGGCACUCGGAUUCGUGAAGAAGACGCUCAGCAACAAGCCACAAGCAAGACCCUCAGCGGCCGAGUGCCUCCAGUUGCCAUGGAUACAUGGGGCACGUCAGGCCUCCAAACAUCGGGUUGCUGUCGUGUGCUUCACCACAGACAAGCUGCGGGCUUACCUGCAAGAGCAGGAACCCAGGCGGCAGUAUGGCCGUGCCAAAAUGGAGGUACCCCUUUUGGAGUGAGGGUGGGACACUCCCCUGUUGACAGCCAUCAUCCUCGGACCACGCCUAUAUAUUCGAUCCAUACCUUUGCCGAGCAUCCAAGGGCAAAAUGUGGCGUCACGCAGGGAAUCAACCAAUUCGUUCUGUUGUCGCUAUGA